AAACUGGAAUGCUUUGACUUUUGGGAUUUAUUAUAAUUGCGAUUAGAAUUAAUAAUAUAAAUUAUUUUUCAAUAUUUACUACCGAAUUGUCAUCCUCGAUGAAAGUAGAAAUACAUAAAGGAGCUAAUCAAGAAAUGAUAUCAUGAAUAUAAACAAUAAAAGGAUGAAUAAUAUGACGGAUGCUGAGAAUUCAAAGAGAGUGAAACGUGAAUGCAGCUAUGGUGAUAAAUGUUAUAGAUUAAAUCCAGCACAUUUUAGAGAAUUUAGCCAUCCGCAUUUGGAAAACAUACUAAAUACUUAUGAAGGAAAUGGUGACUAUGAUAUACCUCAGCAAUAUUCAAUGCAACGGAGUCAGAUUAUCGAACAAUUAAAUAUUAUUGUUGAGAAGAAGUUGUAUGUAGGAAAAAUUGGAACACAAUCAUCUGAUGAUGCACAAUCAAGUACACAGACCAAAGAUGAAACACCGAAUACACAAAGUACAAAUGUAACACAAAUAAAACCGCAGAAUGUAAUGGCGACUAAAACUAUUCCUCAGAGUAGUCAGGAUAGUGUUAAAAUUAAUAGAGAAAAAAUCCAGAAUCAAGAACAAAAAGUUAGAGAUUCUGACUAUAGGCCAAUAGUGCCACCGACUCGAAAAUACUCAGAGUAUUUCAAAGUGGUUCCAGAGAAAAACAAAAUGGCGGAAAAACAUGACGCCAGCGCGCCCUAUUAUAUUUUCUAUACCACCAUUACAGAUGCAAAAGAAACACACACACAGCCUUAUUCUAUAAGUUUUCAAGAAAUAUUGGAUUCUAGUCUCGGGGAAUUGAAGUGUUCGCUGCAAAUUAAUUUUAUGGUUGAUGUGAGCUGGCUUCUUGCUCAAUAUUAUUUCGCUGGAUACAGUGCCAAAAAGCUAACAAUUCUCUAUGGCGAAGAGUCCCCGGACUUGAAGACGAUUCGCCAAAAGAAGCCGCACGUCGACGCCCACUUCGUUACCAUGGCAACGCCUUUCGGAAAACACCACACAAAAAUGAUGGUGCUGUGCUACGAAGAUGGUUCGUUAAGGGUGGUUGUGUCAACCGCGAACCUAUAUGUUGACGACUGGGAGAAUAGAACGCAGGGACUCUGGUUUAGUCCGCGUUGUCCAGAAUUACCGACAGACGCGAUGCCUCAUGAUGGAGAGUCUCCAACGAUGUUCAAGAAAACAUUACUGCGAUAUCUCAACCAUUAUCACUUGCCGCAACUCGCUUUUUAUAUGGAGAGGGUAAAGCGAUGCGAUUUUUCACACAUUAAUGUCUUCUUGAUUGCAUCAGCCCCGGGUGCCCAUUUUGAUGUCGACUGGGGCAUGACCCGUGUUGGGUCCCUAUUGCGACAACACUGUUGUAUUCCGCCGUCUGAGAAUAGCCGCUGGCCAUUAUUGGCACAAGCCAGCAGCAUAGGAAGCUAUGGGAAGGAACCUAAGUUAUGGCUUACGGGAGAUUUUCUUCAUCAAUUCACAAAAAUCAAGGAUCAAUCGCAAAUGCUGUCUUCACCAGCUGAGUUGAAGCUUAUUUAUCCAUCUCUAGAAAACGUGAAACAGUCGCACGAUGGUCUACUGGGUGGUGGGUGCCUUCCAUAUGCCGCGAGCGCACACGCCAAACAACCUUGGCUCAACCAAUUUCUUUACCAAUGGAGAGCAACACACACGAAUCGCAAUAAAGCGAUGCCGCACAUAAAAUCUUACACCCGUGUAUCGCCUGAUAACAAAAUGGCGGCCUAUUACCUCCUCACAUCGGGGAAUAUCAGCAAGGCUGCGUGGGGCUCCAUAAAUAAGGGGGAUAAGGCUUUGCGGAUUAUGAGUUAUGAGGCUGGCGUGAUGCUGCUACCAAGAUUUGUGAUAAAUGAAGAUUUCUUCCCUCUCAGUAAUAAAACGAAUCGUUUAAUAAUACCGUACGACAUACCCCCUGUUAAAUACACUAGCGAUAUGUCGCCAUGGGUGUCUGAUUAUUUACGUUGAUUUCGCUCUAUUUAGCAACGUUGGCAUAGACUCUAGAGCAGGGCCCACAGAGCGGCCAUUUUGAUUGUUAAGGGUCCAAGCUAAUCGAAAAUGUAUUAAAAUUAUUUGGUAUAAGUCUAUUAUACUCUGAUUUUUAAUUCCGUAAAAUUCUGACAGCUAUCAUUUUUUGACAUGUCAGAGAUGGCAAACCGUUUUGGCGGGACACAUUUUUCAAUUUCAAUACGAGUCUGAACAUCUGAGUCUAUAUUUAUGUGUUUAUUAACACUUCGUUGCAUUACAUAAGAGGAAAAAAAAUUAAACAUAAUUUAAUAAAAAGCAAUUGGCGGCCUUAUCGCUUUCGAGCGAUUUCUUCCAGGCAACCAAAUGUAUCCAAUUGCUCCACAUUAAGAUUGGUUUUAAUUACGACCCUUUUCAUUACAAACAGUAAAAAACGUAAAGAUAACAUUUUUUUUUCUUAAACUAAACCUUUAAUUAGUAGGCAGUUGAAGAAAUAAAAUAAAGUUAUUAAAUUUUAUUCGAUAUAUUUGUUUUUUUUUUUAUAUUAAGUAUAAUAUAAUAUAAUAAUUGAUGAGUCACUUGAGUAAGUAAAUAUUUAGAUUUACCUUUUUGUAGGUAAAACAAAAAAUACGUAGCAAGUAAUUAAAAAUCAGAUUUUUAAUUACCCUCAAAUGGGUCAAAAUUUCCCUUUGUUGGAGAAUUUUUUUAGUAGAAAUGUCCGAAUUUUACGGAAUUAAAAAUCAGUGUAUAACUCACGAACCCCAGAUGUGCAAAUAGCUUCUAAUGAAGAAGUUAGAACACCUAUCAAUGCACAUGGACUUACCAGAAACGAGCCUACCUUUUAAAAUUCCGGCAACUUGCUAGACCUCUAGCAAUGUGAGUCUUCUUCUCGCUUACUUCUUCUUCUUCUUCUCAAAGGAUUUAUGCGCCAUAAUUUUGUAUUUAUAAUAAACCUAUUCGAAUUUUGAUAAAGAUAGUUUUCAAAGUAUUGUUUAUUAAGUUAUUGUUAACUUUUUAUAUCUGUUUGUUUGCUUAUUUGAAAAUAUCGUUUGUUAUAAAUCAGUUGUUUUUUUUAUAUCGGUAAAGUGUUGAUAAGAAAAUUGUUUAAAUGCUGAGAAUGUGCCUCGUGCCAAAUGUGAGUUGUCAGAAAUGUAUUGAAUUUUGAUAUAUAGGAGUCUUUAAAUCAAAAUCUGUGAAGAAGGCACUAUAAACAUUAUGUAUUGUAUUUGUGAUUUAAGAAUAAAAUAUUUUUUUCAAAU